AGGAGUGUUUCUUUUCCGGCUCCUCAGGUUCCUCGCCGCGGGAUGAGGGAAGCCGGCUCGGAGUUAGGCUAGGCGAGCCCCUCCGCGAAAGGGAGGCGGGAGUCGCUGCGGUUGCUGGUAGAGGCUUUGCGCGAUGAGGAUAAAUAUUGACCCAUGGAGAAACAUCGUUUUGCUCAGAAGCUACCCACCCUUGUUAAUGGAAAGUUCUGAACAGUGACAGCCUGAUCUUAUGCAUGUUUACUCUGAAGAUAGCUGUAGCCGUGACAAAAAGGACUGACUGACCUUUGGAGGCCCUUCUGUCCCUUCAACAUGGCUGGAGGGAUUACUGAUACAGGAGAGCUCUACUCUCCUUAUGUUGGCCUGAUUUAUAUGUUCAAUCUCAUAGUCGGGACAGGAGCUUUAACAAUGCCAAAAGCUUUCGCUACUGCUGGUUGGCUUGUCAGCCUCAUCCUAAUAAUGUUCCUGGGGUUUAUGAGUUACAUGACCACAACCUUUGUAAUGGAGGCCAUGGCGGCUGCAAACGCCCAGCUUCGCUGGAAGAGGAUGGAAAAGCACAAGGAAGAUGACGACGACGAUUCUUCAUCUGGAGUUUCUGAUAGUGAUGUUCUCCUCCCAGAUAGCUAUGAGAGAUCAGAGACGCGCCCUAUUCUGUCUGUUCGUCUAAAACUUACCCCCUCUGAUGGUGAAGUAAGAGAAAGACGAGGAGCACCCAAUAUUUUUGAAAUCACGGAACGAGUGGAGAUGGGUCAGAUGGCUUCCAUGUUCUUUAAUAAAGUGGGAGUCAACUUGUUCUAUUUCUGUAUAAUCAUCUACCUCUACGGAGAUCUGGCAAUCUAUGCAGCUGCAGUCCCAGUUUCUCUUAUGCAGGUGACCUGUGUGAGCAGCAAUAAUUCAUACAGUGUUGAAGAUGGCUCAAAGUAUAACGACACUGCCAAGUGCUGGGGCCCAAUCAGGCGAAUUGAUGCUUACAGAAUUUAUUUGGCGGCAUUUACAGUCCUAUUGGGUCCUUUCACCUUUUUUAAUGUGCAGAAAACAAAGUAUCUACAGAUCGUAACGUCACUGAUGAGGUGGAUAGCAUUUGUCAUCAUGAUAAUUUUCGCCCUCAUCCGCAUUGCCAAGGGCCAUGGGGAAGGCCAGCCCCCUCUGGCGCAGCUCUCGGGGAUCCGCAAUCUCUUCGGAGUAUGUGUUUAUUCCUUCAUGUGCCAGCACUCCCUGCCAUCCCUCAUCACACCCAUCUCCAAGAAGAAGCAUGUGAACAAGUUGGUCCUGUUGGAUUACAUUUUAAUCCUGGGUUUUUAUGUCCUCCUGUCCUUUACUGCUAUCUACUGCUUCCUCAAUGGGACUCUCAUGGACAUGUACACACUCAACUUCACCAAUGGUCAGAUAGUCCCUUAUGCCUUUCUGCGCUACUUCCUGGGCCUUUUCCCCGUCUUCACCAUCAGCACUAAUUUUCCUAUAAUUGCCGUGACUCUGAGAAACAACUGGAAGACCCUUUUCCACCGGGAAGGGGGAACCUACCCGUGGGUAGUCGAUAGGAUUUUUUUCCCAAUUAUCACUCUAAUUCCCCCCCUCCUGGUGGCUUUUUGCACUCACGAUUUAGAGUCCUUGGUGGGAAUUACUGGGGCCUAUGCUGGGAAUGGGAUCCAGUACAUCAUCCCUGCUUUCUUAGCAUAUUGUAGCCGAAAAGACACUCAGUUGGUUUUUGGAACCGGCACAAUCAAUCAACAUUUGUCCCCUUUCCGGCACACAUUCUGGAUUGGGUUUGUGCUCCUCUGGGGUCUUUUUUGCUUUCUUUUUGUAACUGCAAAUAUCAUUUUGAGUGAAACGCAGCUCUGAUGAUGGAGCCGUGCUGCAGUGCUGCUUGUUGUCAUACAGACACUUCAGGGUGACCUGUAAGAUCCCUUAGCCUUGCACCCAGUGAGAACCUUUUCUAAACCAUCAGCUUACUAAUAAUAAAGUCUUGAGUGUGAAACUUGAGCUGGAUGCUGACCUUGUCAGUUCUGGGUACAGGAUUUCCUGUUCAAUUUCUUUUUAAUUUAACUUUCCCACCCCAACAUACACAGCUAUGGCUUUAAGAACUUCACCUGGCUGCUGCGGUUGCCCAAUCUCAGGCUUUUUUGCCUUGACUAGAGAUCCCCCUAUGGAAUGUCUUCCUCUGUCUUGUGCUGUGAUGUCUCCAGAGGCUACUGGAUACACAUCUCUUCUCCAAGGAAAAUGCGGAGAAGCACUGUGGCUGUUGCCUGUCAAGCGAAAGCAGCCAGUGAAUUAAGCAAGCAGCGAUUCCUCCUUCUGCUCAUAUUUUCAGCUAAAUGGGAAAAAAUCAGGAGCAGAAUGUAGACCACUGGAUGAAGUGGGCUUCACAGAUGUUGGACGUGUUCCAGGGUUAGAGGGGAACCUAAACUGUAGAGUACGAGAGAGGAAAAUGUCCAGUGGUACCGUUUGCCUGCCUGCCUGCCUAGUGGUACCUGAACACUUACCAUUUUUUCUCAGCAUUUAUUUCCUUUUCCAUUUGUUACAGCCUUUCCAACUUACAUUUUCCUUUGUCGCGUGUCAUGUGGUCUCUGGUUUCACGGAAGCUGUUGUGGGUCUAAAUGAAAUAGUUUCAUCUGAAAAGAAUGCAACUAUAGUUAAUUUUCCUGAUGUUUUUGUGUUUGCCAGCCCCUUGACUUCCUCUCCUUAGUUGGGCAUUCACCGUGUGUUUGGUGAGAGACAGGUGCUGCGAAGCACCGCUUCGUGAGGAAUAAAAGGGAAAGGCUGUUUCCACAGCUCCUUUGGGCUGCUGAGUAGCCUCAGCCAUUGUUACAGUCCUCAGUUUCAUGCUAGUCUGGGGCAGCAUGGCGGGCCGAAGCUGCUACAGUCACUGUUUGCGUGAGCAUGAAGGUGCUAAUUACUUGCUGGACAAGUAAUAUAUAAAACCAUUCAGAGGGUUCAUGGACUUGUUUCUAAGCACCUUAGCUGGGUGUUACCAGAUGUGGGGCUUAGCUCUUAAACACGUCUUGAUGGAGAAUAAUUAUUUACCUGAAAAUGUAACCAGAGAGAAUAAAAUCAUGGAAGCUAGGAGAAAGUCGCUCCUAAAAACAUUGUUUUGUGUCUUCUGUGGGCCUAUAAAGGCAGCCUAUCCUAAUACUCCCUGAAUUCCCAAAAGACAUGCAUUCCGUUGUAAAAACUCUUCUCCCUCUUUCUCCCAUCGUGUUCAGGGAAUAUAAAGAAAAAAACUGCUCCCCACCAUCUAAGCUGUCUAUUUUACUGUACAUAUAGCUCAGACUAUACAUCAUAACAACUGCAAUUAUAUACCACUCUUCUAGACAGAUUAGUGCCCCCACUCAGAGCAGUGAACAAAGUCAGUAUUAUUAUUCUUCCCGCAAUACAGCAGGGGAGCUGGAGAUGAGAAGAGUGGCUGACCCAAGGCCACCUGCUGAGCUCAUGGCAGUCGUGGGAUUCGAACCAGCAGAGUGCUGAUUCACUCUUAACUGUUAGGCUACCUGGGUCCCUCCUUAUCUCAAGAGGAGGGCUGGGGAGUGAUUUUAAGAGAAAAAGAGACAGAUAGGGGCUCUAAACUGCCCCCACUGCUCGUCCAUAUUUCCCUGCAGCCCCCUGCCCCCAAUCACUUUUCACUCAUCCGGGUGCCUAGGUAGAAGAAAGCUGCCUGAAAGUGGGCAGGUGACUGGGGUACAAUUCGGCUCUCCUCCAUCUCAUGCUCCAUUUUCUAUUCAGAUCAGCUCUCUGUCCUCUCAGACUUCAGUCUGUCCUUGUCUUUGUUGAAAAGGGGUACUUCUCAAGCCGCAGUCCACUGCCAUUCUUUUGUGAAACUGCAAACAUUAAUAGAUUGAGGAAGUUUGGAAGCAAUCAUAGUUCGCCAAUGUUUUAAUCAUAUAACAAGAACUUUGCUUUUUAUUCUUUUUGCCUAUAAAUAUUUUUAAGCUACAUUUAAAGCAAUUCCAGACCUUGGGUUAUGUUGUCUUCUCUUAGUCCAGUACGGCUGUGAUAUUAAAGGUGACAUUUCACCGAUGUGAUCUGAGCAAUUCAAUGGUGUUGGACAUUUUUUUAAAAUCAAAAUUGUUACCAAGCAUAAUUUUCCAGCCAGUAUCAAACUGAAUUGAUUCUGCUGUAGAAACAAUCAGGUUGGCAGAGGCUGUGUCAAAGAAAAUAACCACAGCAAGUUCAAGAGUAACUGAACUGAGCUUAAAAAUAAAAUGCCCUUGGUAUGUUACAUAAAGCAGGGGUUGCCGAUUUGGGGGCGGGGAGGGGAGCUUGCUGCAAGCUCAAUAAAACCUGACAUCCUUUUGCUUCUUGAUCUCAAGCUGUACUUGGCAGCCCUUGCUGGUACAUCAGAGUCACCUAAGCAGCCCUGAGAGUAUGCAGAUAGCUGAUGCUGUUCCUUUGCUACCAGGUUACGGAAACAUUCCUCUGAGUGAAUUGUUAGAGAAGGUUUAGGGAAAGCAAAAAUCCCAGGGUUCAGAGGACCCGUCACCUGACUAGAGUCCCGAAGAAAUGGAAAGUAAAGCAUCAAAGUAAAGCAUCGUAAGUGGGUUAUAACUUGCUUCUAUCACUUUUUCUCCUGAUUAUAAGAAAAUUUGUCAGAUAGCAAGUGGGACAGAUCACCGACGGCCAUGACAGAGCUGUCGCAUACUGGUCCAGUCUGCCCUUGUGCCAGAUGAGUCAGGGAUAAGAUCAGAAUUGGCAUUUUAACUGCAGAGUAGAUACACCCAAGAAAUAACCUUGUAAUGGAUGAAAAUGGUGUUACCACCUUCUUCUCCAUUUUGUCCGGCAUAUAACACCGGUCUAACAUCUAUUUCAAUCCUCUGUAGGGUUCACUGAAUUUCUCACCAUUUUGCCUCCUAGGAACUAACCUGUCACUUUGUACUUAUCUUCAGGCCCAAUUCACAAAAGGUUUUUCUUCCUCCCAUCCCUUUAAUUUCCUCCCUGCAACUCAACUCAGAAUUGCUUCUUCCUUUAGUUCGGUCUGGUAUGUCUUUAUAUGUGUUGCAAAAAGGAGAAAAAGUCCUAAGUAGCAUGAGAAUAAAUAUUAUUGAUAACCGGAAGUGGCUGAAAGAAUAAUUAGAUGAAAUAAAUACCAAUGGUCUGCCGGCUAAAUAUGACUUAAGUUAUCACAGGGUCAGCCUGGAAAGGCAAACAAUUCUGAAAAAGUUUACAAAAUGAUGUAUUUAGCCGGCAAAUUGUCGGUAAUUUAUUUCUGUUCAUCUAAUUAUUCUUUCAGCCACUCCCAGUUAUCAGCAGUAUUUAUUCUCACACUAUUCAAGACUUUUUCUUAUUUUUUGCAUUGUUACCUCUGGUACAGAGUACCUUCUGCUUUUCAGAAGUGUUCUACCCCCCUCCACCACUUUUCUGUGGUUUUUAUAUAUAUUGCACCAAGUACAGUCCAGAACGACUAAAUAUGGAGUCACAGCAGAAAUGGUUCAGUUGCUGAGCUGCAGUAGCCAUAUUUCUUUUUAUGGACACCCCCUAAGCUUGUUGUGAGACUUUAAUGGUCCUUUUUAUACAGAAGUUGGAAAGAUGUGGUGGUGUGCAGCUGGCGGCCUCACCAUUCCCACCACCAAAGAUUUUUCUGCCAUCCUUUUGCCCCAAAGCCAUAGUUCUCUGUUGCAUUAAAUGUGCCUUUUUGCUUUAAAUUAUAAACUUAAAUGUUGCCCGAAAGGAGAUCAAAUGUGCAAUUGCUAUAACUUGUCCUUAAAUUUCAAAACAAACUUCACUGUAGGAGAGGUGAGUUUCUCAGCAUGAAUGGAAAGAAAGCCUUUGAAAUGGCAUGGUGCUAGUGCCUUUCAUUGCUCCCCCACCCCAACAUUUUAUUUUCUUGUAGUUAGCAUUGAAGGCACUCCCUUCAGUUGAAGCCGUAGAAGGAUCUACCUCAAUUCCUGGUGGAAGCACUACAAAAUAGGGGGAAAUUUCAAAAUCUGCCUUAAAACAUGCAAUAGCUGUCGAGAACCAAGGUGGAUCAGGCAUUGGAGUUUGUGUUGUUGUUGUUUUAAAUCCACUAUAUUACAAGAAGAGGGUGGCAUGGGAUCCAGAACUCAUUCUAGCUCAAUGUAAUACAGUGGUUGAUGUCUUCCCCAUCAGGUUUAAAAUAAGAUUAUAUUUUUAAUUGGCCGUUAUAAUGUAACAAUUCUCUCCGGCUUUUCACUACAAUGUGUUCUUCUCAGCUUGUCCCUGUAUAUAAUUAUUUUUCAGAAAGGCAUAAAGAAAUAAAGGAACAUUAUACA